AUGGUACGACAUGAGUCAACAGAACUGGAAAUUAUCGCAUUGAUUUUGAACAGUGCUAAAGCUCUGAGUUUAUUUUCAGAUAUUGACGAGUGCACCAAGGCUAGACACAACUGCAAGCCCACUCACGAGUGCAAAAAUAACCAGGGAUCUUACAAAUGCAUUUGUCGACCUGGAUAUUAUGGAGAGGAUUGCAAUAUACCAGCGGUUUCCAGUUGCAAAGAGGCUUAUGAAAAGAACAUAACCAGAGCGAGUGGUGAAAUUACAUUGCUCCUUGACUCUAAACCAGUACCCAUUUUCUGCCACAUGGAAAAUUUUGAAUGCGGAGAUGGAGGAUGGACGCCAGUCAUGAAAAUUGAUGGAAACAAGAAAACUUUUGAGUUCGACUCUACCUACUGGGAGGACAAAAAGGUGUUUCAACCUGAAGGAGGCAAGACCGGGUUUAAUUCAAAAGAAACCAAGCUACCGACCUACUGGAGCACGCCCUUCUCCAAGAUUUGUCUCGGAAUGAGGAUCGACCGAAAACUCAGGUUUGUAAUAAUCAAUAAGACGGCCGACUCUCUGUACUCAAUGAUCGCUGACCGGAAAUAUCGUAACACCUCACUGGGACGUGACACAUGGAGGAGCCUUGUAGGUCCUUCUGCUUCUUUGCAGCUCAACUGUAACAAGGAGGGAUUCAAUGCAGAUGCCUAUGAUGAUCCCAAGUAUAAAAUAGACUUUUCCAAGGCAAGAAUUGGUAUCAUAGGUAAUAACCAGGAUGAUUGUCAAAGCUGCGAUUCUAGAAUCGGAUUUGGCACAGGAGGACAUCCCAAUCAAGACAACACUUGCGGCAAUGCAUUCAAACAUAAGGGAACUCACGGAAAGAAAAAAACUAAGGCUAUGGGCUAUAUAUUGGUGCAGUAGCAAGAAAAAAGGAGUACCAGAGGGAGGGAAAUGUAAAUGGCAGCAGUACUACGGCCAAAUGUAUGGAUGGUUGAAAAAACAGCAACUAAGAAACAGGCAAAGAGAUAUCAAUAGUAAUGAAAAUAGUAAAAUGAUAAUAGUACUAAU